AAUCGCAAUAGCCUCAUGUCCGUCCAAUCCGCCGAGUUCGCUGUUGCCCCCCUCGCCCCCAGGUCCGUAGCCUCUGGAGGCGGCGUCACCUGUUUUAUCCUCCUCGCCGAGCAUGAUGUUUUUCUCUCAGGGUUUGACCACGAUCGUGAUGGCCAUCGCGAGGGCCAGAGUGGCACCGCAUUGCUGCGAGGUAUCCUCCAGUUAUCUAUCAGCAAGAACAUCAAGAUCAAGGCGGUACAGCUUAAGUUGUUGGGUCGCGCCCGCACGGAAUGGCCAGAGGGAAUGAAACUGGGUUACUACGAAGAGAAGGUCCUUCAAACACAGGUAUUGACCUUUUUCAAUGCCAUGAACAAUGAGUGGAAGUACGAUUAUGGAAACCAGUGCAAAUUCCGAUUGAAGAGCAGAUCGCCCAACGACAAUGAUCUUGUGGAUGAACUGAACCCACCGAAGUCAUUCUCGCCGCAUUAUCACAGCAACAAUAGCACCGAAGAAGUAAAACGAUUAUCUCCUGAAAGUAUUCAAGUGCGAAGCCUCAACAAGGACAACCCGAUUGCGACAGCAACGCAAGUGAAACGGUACAAGGUUUUCUAUCCAGGCACAUACGACUACUUUUUCGAGCUUCCGAUCGAUCACCGCCAACUCGAGACCACGAAGGUGCAAUAUGGCUUUGUGAAGUGGGAGCUGCAUGCGGCUGUCGAUCGCGAUGGCAUAUUCAACCCUAACCUGCACGGCGUGAAGGAGGUUUCAAUCGUGAGAGUGCCCGACCCAUUGUCUCUGGAGAUGACGGAGUCUAUGUUAAUUAGCCGGCAAUGGCAAGAUCAGCUAUAUUACGAUAUAAUUAUCCCCGGGAAGGGCUUCCCCGUCGGUAGUAAGAUCCCAAUCACCUUCCAGUUGACGCCUCUGGCCAAUGUCCAGGUGUACGGGCUCAAGGUAUUUGUGAUCGAGUCGAUAGAAUACUGGUCGAAUGACAGGACGGCUACCAGGAAGGCCUCAAGUCGUAAAAUCCUGCUUUUUAGCAAGGUGGCUGGGAAAACUUUGGCUCCAUCAUGGGCGUCUUCGGAUCUGAGGACUAUCCGAGGUGGUGAACUCACUCCCGAACAGCGGCGCGAGGCCCGUGAAGCGGCCGCUAGACAACGAACUGCGGAGGCGUCGAGACAAAACACCGCGGUUCAGCCCUUACCAGAGCCGAGUGCUAACCUCUUGGGAGACUUGGACUUGGGAUUAGAGAAUUUUUGGGGCCCGACCGAAAUUGAAGUCGACGUGCAGAUCCCGACUUGCGGGAUGAUGGCUAGGAAGGAAAACUUGAAGCUGUAUCCCGAGUGUACUUGGAGGAAUGUCAAUAUCCGCCACUGGAUUAAGGUCGUACUGCCAACGAGUCGUCUCGAUCCCGUUGAUCCAACUGGAACAGAGCGCCGGAAUUUCGAGAUCAGCAUUAACUUGCCGUUUACUUUACUACACUGCCGAGCCACUCCCGUGAACAUUAAUCUUCCCACCUACUCCGACGAGAUCUGCCAGUCUACUACCUGCCAAUCAACCUGUGGAUGUCCCGAUGCCUUGAAUAUUCCAACCGAAAGCUCGACCGACUACUGCAUCGGAACACUGGCCGGUGUCAACCUAACUAGCGGGGACAGCUCCUCCCCGCGUCGGGCUGCACACCUUGCCAGUGGUCAACAAAGCCCACGCUCCUCCGCUGAGAUGGCCGUCAUCCACGACUCUCAGCGGCCGAUCCAUCUAUUCGCAGGCCCCAGCCUCAACCUACUUACCUUCGACAACAAUAUCGCACAACCACCACCCCCGAACUCAUCGACGAAAUACUCGAAACAAGCGUCAUGA